AUGACUGCCACACACACCAUGAUCAGCAACAAGGACCGGAAUUACCAAGAUAUCCUCCAACUCAAUAAUAUCAGUCUUCGAUUGACUAAUGGCACUGGCCCUCAUGAGGGUCGAGUUGAAAUUUCCUACCUUGACCGGUGGAACGGACUAUGUGGGAGGAAAGCGGAUCGAACCAGAAGCGACCUUCUUUGUCGAAGUGUGGGCUAUGAUCGGGUGUUUGCGGUGUUGCAGCAUGGGGCAUUUGGGGAACCUCCAAACCUAUACUUCGACCGCAUCUUCUGUCAAUCUGAUGAUAUCUUUGAGGCAUGUCGUCUUAACCUCUAUAAGCUCAAUUACUGCGCAGGUGGUUUUGGCGGUACUUCAAUCUCCUGUGACAGUCAUCAGGAUGUAGAUAUUAAUCUAACCGGCGGUGGUGGGGAUUACGAAGGUCGUGUUGAAGUAUUCUUUGAUCGAACUUGGGGAAAGAUAUGCGGCAAUAGCCAGUGGACCUUCAAUUCUGCUGACGUCGUGUGCAGACACAAUGGCUAUGACCAUGCUUUCAUCAUCUACUAUGACGGCACUUUCAGUAAAGACAACAUGACGACGGUGCAGUUUGAUGAAGUUGACUGCGAAGGUUCAGAAACAAACCUGACAUCAUGCACAGCUUAUAGAUACAAUGUAGGGUUUUGUAGAGACACCCCUCGAGAAGCAGCUGGCCUGACCUGCACUUCGGAAUCAGCGUCAGAAGUCGACAUCAGGCUGGCCGGAGGUCAAGGUACCCAUGAAGGUCAAAUGGAGUUCCUCGUGGAUGGUGUCUGGCGAAAACUCUGCGGUAAGGAAACUACUUUUCAGGAGGCUGACGUCUUCUGCCAAUCACUUGGGUAUGAACGGUCAUUCGCUCUUGUCCAGGACGGCAGUGCUUUUUCCAGCAGUGACGACAGAGACCCAUUCUUCGACUAUUUGGAUUGUACUGGGUCAGAAGACAAAGUUACUAGCUGUAGAAUGUUGCGUUCUAAAGAAGGGACGUGUAGUUCUCUGUAUGGUGCAUCAGCAAUAUCUUGUGAGACAGAUGAUCCAGUCAACAUUCGCCUCGUCGGUGGUCAGGAAUCUUACGAAGGUCGCGUUGAAAUCUUUUACGAUGGAUCCUGGGGUUCGAUCUGUGCUUCGAAACCUUGGAACAUUUCCACGUCUGCUCUUGUUUGUAGCUUGCUCGGAUACCAUGAUAAAAAUUACGUCACCUUCUUCGACGACGAUCGCUAUGGCGACCUGACCGAUCCUGUCCGUUUCGACGAAUUAGACUGUAAAGGUGUCAAAACCGCCAGUUCGAUCAAGUCAUGUCAGCUUCGUAAGCUCAGUGCUGGUUAUUGUAGAAGUGGUUACGCCAGUGUUCAAUGUGACCGAGCUUCGACCAAAACCGUGCCAACAUCCAUCCAGACCACCCAGGCUGCAUGGGCUGUGGCUACAUCCCUUCGACAACAGGCGCAGACAUACCCAACUACGACACCAUUUAUUGAUGCGUUUGAAGACAGUUCACCUGACAUUGAUGGCACCGAUCGACAAUCCACUACCCUGACUACUAUGAUAGAUGACGUGAUCAAUUCUACUUCUAAUAAUCGAUCUCUUAAUCGGAAUAUGAGUGAAAUAUGUAUUUUGCCGAGUCCUAACCAGAAUAUGUUACUUUACAUUGGGUAUGCAGUAACCAUCGCCUGUAUAUCGCUUACCUUACUGAUAUACGUGAUCAUUCGGUUUGCCAGCCGCAGUAGUGGUUAUGACAUCGAUAGGUGCUAA